CAAAGAUAUCCUUCCAUCGCCAUCUUUGCACGCAUUCUCACUGCUGACGAUGCCCCUGUACUGUUGCUGAAUUGUAAGUAACACCCUUUCCGCCAUCACUAAUGAAGGACGCUCCAGCGCCUAAAUGUCAAACACGUAUGGACGCGUUUCAUGCGCCUCUGCAUCAUCCUGGUCGACGAUUUCGAUCGGCCCCUCGUCGUACCUGUUCCUGACCAGCAACCCACAAUCAUACCCAACACGCAUCUUCUCUCGCUUCGAGUACUGACGCUUCUUGCUUUUCCGUAGCCAUGUCCACAAAUCGAUCCAGUGGCGUUCGGAACCUCCGUGCAAUCUUUGAGCAAACCUCCGACGUGACUACCUCUCCAGAGCCCCGUGGCCGCUCUCCCGCUGCUUCCAUAACAAGCGAUACUUCUCUCAGUCGUCCUACCUCCAAGAUACGCGCCAGCUUUGUCUCCGUCGAAUCUUCAGGUUUCUUCCCAAGAGAAACGAGCGCCGCGCGCAGUACAAGUCGUCACUACGACGCCACAAGUCCUCUCGCCCAACGAAGAGAGAGUUUCAGCUUGAGACAGAGCAGAGAUAUAGCACAAAUUGAAGAGCUUAAGAAAACAAUGAGCAACGAAAUCGAACAACGUAAGAUGAGCGUGGACAUGGGUGUUGUGGACGAGGUGGUGCCAGAGUCGGCCAUUGGAUCUGGCUCUACAGCUACACCAAUUCUCGAGCCAACGGACAAGACUGUCGGAGCCAUUGAUACGCAGCCGCCAGAGACCGCACCGCACAGUACUGCAGCAAUUGAGGCUGAAGCUCUGCCAACAUCACCAGAUGCACCCACUACAGAGCCUUUGACGGAAAAGACCAAUUCGUCCGGGCCAGCUACCGAGGUGGAAGCACCUUUGAUCAACCCAGACAAACCCAAUUCGGUAAAAGAAGAAACACCGGCAGUGACGAAGCCAUCGGACUCCACAGACACGCCUGCAGUCUCCGCGGGAGAAGCUUCUCGUGCGACGCAAGAGCCAGUCGAGCAGGUGACCAAGUCCACGUCGAGCACCGUCCCUGAUGCCACCGUUGAACCUCCGACUGCAAAGCCCAAAGCCGAUGACACCCCAGCUGCAGCCCCAGCUCCAGUUGCAGAGCCUGAGAAGAAGCCCGAAAAGAAGCCCGAGCCAGCCAAGAGCAAUGGAGGCUCUUCUAUUAUCGCAGAGGCAAAAGCAAAGUUGAAGGCGACCACCACUAGCAAGCCAGCUCCCAUUCAAACAAAAGCUACCUCGGUGAAACCAGCUGUCAAAUCACCAACAAAGACUCCGACAUCAGCCACAAGCAAGACAGCUCCUGUGAAGCCAGCUCCCUCUACUUCCAAAGCCCCAAGAGCCUCAAUGUCAUCUUCUACGUCCUCAUCAGCCAAGGAAAGACUUUCUGGUUCGACAUCCACAGGUAGUUUCGUCAAACCUAAGCCUAAGUCACCCACUCGACCGGUCCAGUUGCCCUCGCAUUUGACACAGCCUACUGCUUCCUCCGCCGCUAAACACGAGGCCGAAGCCUCAGUAGCACGCAAACCUGCUGGUCGUGAUCGCACCUCGAGCUUCAAACCUCCUGCGCCAGUCAAGAAAGCGCCUCGUGCAUCUCUCCCACCUCAACCGUCCAGUCGAUCCGAAUCAAGGACUAGCACAGCCGCGCCUGAUAGCGGAUUCUUAGCACGCAUGAUGCGACCAACGGCAAGUUCGGCUAGUAAAACACAUGAAAAGGUGGAAGUCAAGUCUCCUCCUCGCCGCGCCCCAGCUCCAGCGCCUGCGUCGAGCAAGCCAAAGUCUGGCACAGGCGCGAGUACGGCAUCAAAGGUCAAGGCUAAAGUCGAUGAAGGCGUUUCAAAGGUGAAGGAGGCUGUAACAUCUAAUGGCAAUGGAGUACACGAAGAGUCGGCAACGAAUUCAAAAGAAGGAAACACGACUGAAAAUACCGGUGAAGCUACACCAGACGUUACGAGCAACGAUCUGACAGCGGAAACACCGAAUUUCGAAGGAGCCACCAUUCGCUAAGCCUAUUUCUCGAGUACAAGUUGAAUACCCAAUUGUCUUUCUAUCGUGUCUCAAGGAGCGGCCAGGCCAACGAGUUAUGCACGACGGGCUUGGAUUGGUAACAAGUGCGGUGGCUUGUCAGAGGCUCUGUAGAGCGCUUGCUCCCUAGUUAUCACAGCGCACAUUGUUCGCUCAAGGAGAUGCGAUGCACAGUAUGAAUUCUAUUACCACCACUACUCAUUUGUAUCGUCGAAUGAGACCGGAAUGGAGGGUUGGCAGACAAGCUCUAGUGCUGGCCAAAAUCUGGACUCACUCGCUUGUAUCAGUUUGGCAAAGCAAGAAGACACGUCAGGGAAAGUUGGAAGGAGAGAUGAUCGGGGUUUUUGUAGGGAGGAUAAUAGUCGAACAAAGUAUUUAUACUAUCGAUUGCAAAAAGCUCC